AUGUCGGAACUCUGGUACCAGCAGCCUGCUGGCAACUGGGAGGAAGCAUUGCCAGUGGGCAAUGGCCGUCUGGGCGCCAUGGUCUAUGGGCGAGCCGAUACAGAGAUGCUACAGCUCAAUGAGGACUCGGUUUGGUAUGGAGGUCCCCAAGAUCGUGUUCCUCGUGAUGCAUUUGAGUAUCUCCCACGUCUCAGGUCGUUGAUCCGAGAGGGAAACCACGCAGAAGCGGAGAAGCUGGUUCGUCUGGCCUUCUUCUCUCAUCCCAUUAGUCAACGGCAUUACGAACCCUUGGGGACUCUGUUUCUGGAAUUUGGUCAUGCCCCCGAAUAUGUGCGGGACUACCGACGGUCGUUGGAUAUUGAGCGUGCUAUCAGUCGUGUGGAAUAUGAGCACAAAGGCGCAUCUCGGAAAACGGAGUUUGCCUUGCGGCUCACUCGCAUGAGUGAGUUGGAAUACGAAACAAAUGAAUAUCUCGACGACGUCACGGCACAAGACCGGACAAUUACCAUGCAUAUCACCCCGGGUGGACACAAGAGCAACAGAGCUUGUUGCAUGGUCAAAGUUCGCACAGCGGACGAUCAGGGUUCUAUUACUCAAGUGGGGAACAAACUGCUGGUCAAUGCUCAAGAUGCGCUGGUGCUAAUCUCGGCACAAACCACCUACCGUUGCGACGAUAUAGACAAGAAGGUUUCUUCUGAUUUGGAGAUAGCUUUGCUGCACUCCACUGACGAGAUCUGGGAGCGGCAUGUGAACGACUACCGAUCACUCUAUGGUCGCAUGGAAUUGCACCUGAGGCCCAACAACUGUGGCAUGCCAACUGAUAAGAGAAUCAAGAACUCGCAUGACCCUGGUCUAAUAGCACUCUACCAUAAUUACUGUCGCUACCUAUUGAUAUCGUGCAGUCGGGAUGAGGACAAAGCCUUACCAGCGACGCUACAGGGUAUAUGGAAUCCAUCCUUCCAUCCAGCCUGGGGAUGUAAAUACACGAUAAAUAUUAAUCUGCAAAUGAACUACUGGCCGGCAAAUGUCUGCAAUCUCUCCGAUUGUGAGAUGCCGCUAUUCUCUCUACUAGAGCGCGUUGCAAAAUCAGGAGAGGAGACAGCACAGAAGAUGUACGGCUGCCGUGGCUGGGUCGCUCACCACUGCACCGAUAUUUGGGCUGAUACUUCUCCUGUAGACACUUGGAUGCCAGCAACACUUUGGCCUCUAGGAGGUGCUUGGCUUUGCGUUCAUAUCUGGGAUCAUUUCCGUUUCACUCGCGACAAGGAAUUCCUCCAGAGAAUGUUUCCAAUUCUGCAAGGAUGCGUGCAAUUUCUUCUUGAUUUCUUGAUUGAAGAUGCAUCCGGAGAGUAUUUGAUCACGAAUCCGUCAUUGUCGCCCGAAAACACGUUCUAUGAUAAAAAUGGAGAGCGCGGCGUCCUGUGCGAAGGCUCCACCAUUGAUAUUCAGAUUGUGAAUGCUGUCCUGAACGCUUACCUGAAAAGUAUCGAAGAGUUAGAAAUAGACGCUGAGCUUGCACCGGCAGCAUUAGACGCCCUGCGCCGACUUCCACCCCUGCGCAUCGGCUCUUUCGGGCAACUACAAGAAUGGGCUUCGGACUAUGCGGAAGUAGAGCCCGGUCAUCGGCAUGUUUCUCACCUGUGGGCCUUGCAUCCUGGAGAUACCAUCAGCCCGGAAACAACACCCAAAAUAGCCGAGGCCUGCUCUGUAGUGCUGCACAGACGUCAGGCCCAUGGAGGCGGUCAUACCGGCUGGAGUCGAGCAUGGUUAAUCAAUCUGCAUGCACGAUUGCUGGCAGCUGAGGAGUGUGCGAAGCACCUUGAUCUCUUAUUGGCGCAGUCAACCCUGCCCAACUUAUUGGACACGCACCCACCGUUCCAGAUCGACGGUAACUUUGGCGCCGGCGCAGGUAUCCUGGAGAUGCUCCUUCAAUCCCAUGAGGAGGGAAUUAUUAGACUCCUUCCCGCUUGCCCGAGAGCCUGGAGUUCUGGGUCACUUCGGAACAUCUGCGCUCGUGGAGGGUUCAAGUUAGAUUUCAGCUGGGAAAACGGUCAGAUAAAGGAUGCUGUGACUAUCUACUCGGAAUUCGGCCGUAAAACAGUCCUUUGCUUUCCUAACAAUGGACCUCGGAUCGAGAUCCAGAGCAGGGGAUCUCAUAGGAUUCAGCCUUGA